CUAACAUUUGAUCUCAAAAUUUAACUUGUACUACUAUUGGAUACGUACAUACGAGAUAAUUAAAUACAAUAUACUUGCAGAAAAAACUGUUAGCGACGAGAUUGAUUUCAAUAAGCAUGAAAAUAGACGAACACGUUUAUAAGAACAAGGCUAUAUCAGUAACAGAAGCUGUGGCCUACAUAGAUGAAAUGACCACUUGUAAGAUUCUGUGUUCUGAUGAUGCGAGAUCUCUCCAGGUAAUAGAAAAGAUUACACGUUGCAUGAAAGCUGUAAUUAUGGAAAAUCAACAGCCACUUGUCGGUAACAACUUUUUUGAAAAUACGUCAAAGGCAAUGUUUACUCAAAAUACCUGCCCCUCCCCUACAUACUCUUUACCUGACCAAGAAAGCAACCUCCUCAGCCAGUCAACAGAAGUUAACGAACCUACUGUCAGUACACUAGAAAAAAAUGCUCCAGAAAUUGAGACUAUAAACAUUUGUAGCGAUGAUGAAGAGGUUACUAGCCCGCAGAAAGUAUUGGUGGAUGUAGAAAUACAUAGAGCGAUGUCUAAUUUGUCUAUAACAAACGAAAUUCUUCUAGGAACACCUGACGAUUGUUCUCAAAGCAUACUUAAUAACUUAAACUUCGAUGGAACACAUAAUUUCAAUGAUACUGAAUAUUUGGACGGUCAAAAUCAGGCUAAGAUAGAUAAGGUGUUACCAAAUCCGAAUUCGGCAGUAGAAAAUGUAAAGUGUCCAAAAUUUGUUAUUAAAACAAACAAAAUUUCUGAAACAAAUUCGAAACCAGCAAAAUUGGUGUGCCCAAAAGUACGUUUUCAAAAUCAAAAUGAAAUUCAAGAUGUAGUAGAUUUAACAGAAAACAACGUGAAAAAUAAGAAACAAAGAAAAAGGCGAAAUAAAGGUGACCAUAAGAAAAAAAACGAAAUCAGCAGGAAGAAUAUAAAGAUGAAUAAAGCAACUGCAGUCACUCGUAAAAAGAAGACAGGCAAAGAACACAAAGUGUCCUAUCAAUCUUCCUCAACAUCUGCAGGUGCCGUCGAUAAACUUGAAAACAAAAAAAUAUUUCAAGUAACAAAUGUAAAUUCAGAGAAUAAUAUUUUGUUACAUGAAAUGAACAAUCAAAUAAAGGCAUGCCAAAACUCGCAAAUAAAAAUGAUGAACACUGUUACUAACGAAAUUAACCUCAAAACUGUGCCAAAGAUUUACAGUCCAGCCGUUCAAAAUGACCUAUCUUGGGUGGAAAACAUUAGAUACGUAAGGGAAAUACAUGCAGACGAGUUUGAUUCUACUUUAUAUUGUGUCGACGACGCAUUUUGGAACAACUGUGCUUUUCCUAGUGAAUGGAAUGAACAAGACUUUGAUUAUCUUCUGUAAACACUUCAAGAAGAUAAGGUAAUACAGUACUUCUAUUUUCUAAAUAUUUCUCAGCAAUCAUCGCAAUUCCAAAUACAAACGAAUGCAAAUUUAAUUUCCAUUUCCAUCAAUCAUUAGAUUAAGUGUAUCAGAAUUUGAAUUCAGAACAGAGUAUUUUAUUGUUGUUUUGUAUUUUAUUGAAUAUGGAAACUAAAUUAACAUUCGUUUGUAUUCAGAAAUGCGAUAAUUGCCGAGGGACAUUAAGAAUGUAGAA